AUGCUUCACAGAGAUGUGAUAAGUCUAGUGUCGUUACUUUUGGUUCACUCCUUCUUACAACUACCUCACACCGCUCUAGAUAAAGUGCCUGCUGUCUUUGGAAGUUCUGCUCAGCUCAGGUGCACCAAAUUAAUAAAAACGGACAGCGAAUAUGGGGACUGCUUCGACUACCGCUACAAGGGUUAUAAUGGCUGCAAACAUGUCUGGAUGAGAAAUGAUAAAGAGCUCACCCCGGGUGCUAAAUACAGUUUUAAAAGCAGUCUUACAUUUGAUUACUGUGAGACAUUUCAAGGGACCACUGAUAUCGUGAACGGCAUGAAUAUUGCAGGAGAUGAUGGCUACACAAAUAUGAAGUGCUUAGCAUCGGCCCUCACUAUAACAAACGUGACCAAGGCCGACCUUGGUGAGUAUCAGUGCAAAUUGACUGAUGAUCAGGCAGAGACUAGGAUAUACGAUGUUCGGAGAAUCACAUUGGUUGACAGUGCGCUUGAAGGAACCCUCCCUAAAAAGAUAGAGUAUUUUCAGCACUUUUACACGGAUUACACCCAGUCGAUCGGAUCUAAAUUGUUGAUGCAGUGCGUUGUGACGGGGGGACCUGUUCAUUGGUUUAUCGGAUUUGAUUCUGACCAAUGCAGAAGAUGGGAAGAACAGUGUGAUAGUAAUAAGAGUAACCAGAACUCUUGUGUGAAUGACACCGUUCGGCCCAUUGAACAGAUCAGUAAAAUGGGCAGCUGGCAUUGCUUUAAUUACAACAUUGAGCAUCACAACCCAUAUAAUGGUCUUGAACAAGUCACAGAAUCCUUCAUUCACUUCGAAAACAUAUGUGCACUGGACUGGGCCGGAAUAUACUGCAGUGCCGACCCGGAAGGUACAGUCAGGUCUGAGCAGGGUGAGCUUGUUAUCAGGAGCCAAAGAUCCAACUGGUAUCAUAGGGAUAUUGUGAAUACUUUGGGUUAUGUGAUGCCACCUAUUAUUAUCACUAUCUUCUUCUUAGUAGGCACGAUUGUAGCGAUUGUCCGUGUCCACACCUUCUGAGGUAAAAUCUGUAACUAACUGUCUAAAAACUUACCUUUAGUGAAGGCCGAUGGUCAACCAAUAGUAAUGUUGGAGCUUGGUUUGAACAAAUACUGACCUCCUUUUACACCAUGGGGGAGGUCUCUCGCAAAUGCGAGAAGAAAGAUCCCGGAGAGGGCAUUAUUGGGCAUUGGCAGGUUGCAUAUUUUCUUUUAAAUUUAAAAA